AUGAAAAUAAUAAUAACAAUAAUAAUGAUAAUGAUGAUGAUGAUGAUGAUGAUAAUAAUAAUAAUAAUAAUAAUAAUAAUAAUAAUAAUAAUAAUAAUAAUAAUAAAAAAUAAUAAUAAUAAGAGUAAUACUAACAUAGUCUUAUCUCCUCACACACACACACACACAGGAUGGACAGCCCUACACUUUGCUGCAUUGGGGGGCCACCAGCAGUGCGUGGCAGCCCUCAUGCCCGUCACCCCUCCCACUCCAGCACACCUCCAGGCAUACACCCCGGUGCACGCCGCAAGUUAUAAGGGCCACAUGGAGGUACUGGAGCAGCUGGCAGGUGCUGGCUGGACCCUCACCGCCAGGGACAGUGCUGGCAACACACCCAUGCAUAGUGCUGCGGCUGGGGGUAGCGUGACUUGUAUGCAAUGGCUGGUGCAGCGAGGGGGUGACCCAAGCAUGCAAAAUAAUGCUGGACACACCUCGUUUGACAAGGAGUUGGUCACUGCUGUACGGGAUGGAGACGAGGCACGGGUGAGGUCAGCACUCCACAGGGGUGCCCGGCCCGAGGUCACCGUCCCCACUAAUACUGGGACGCCAGGGAGUCUGCUGAUUCUGGCUGCCAGCAAGGGCCACGACCACCUGCUGCCUCAUUUACUGCAGGCAGGGUUAGGCAUAGAAGAUGGAGGCACCACUGACAUGACACCGCUGAUGGUGGCUGCCCAGCUUGGCCACACCCAGACAGUGAAGGUACUGCUGGACCUUGGCGGUAACCCUCUGGCCACGAAUAGUACAGGACGGACAGCCCUACACUUUGCUGCAAAGGGGGGCCACCAGCAGUGUGUGGCGGCCCUCAUACCCGUCACCCCUCCCACUCCCGCACACACCGAAGCACACACCCCGGUGCACGCCGCCAGUUAUUAUGGCCACGUGGAAGUACUGGAGCAGUUGGCAGGCGCUGGCUGGCCACUCACUGCCAGGAACAGUGAUGGUACCACACCCAUGCACGAUGCUGUGUUGGGUGGAUGCGUAGCAGCUGUGCAGUGGCUGAUGCAGAAAUGUUGUGACCCACACGUGCAAACGAAGGCUGGACACACCCCACUGGAGUUGGCCAUGCAGUGUGGCCACCACGAGAUGGAGACCUGGCUGUCCAAAACUUGCGGCGGUGCUGUGAGGAGCAAGAUUCUGCGUGUGGAUGAAGUGAGGGUGUGGCAGGGUAUGCAUGAAGACGAACACAACAGCCUCUUGUCCCUGCUGGUGGCGGGCAACGAGAUAGCCAUGGACGUAAUCCCCAAGCAUAAUGAUGGUCACUCGCUGAGCCAGGAUGGCUUGACGCCUCUCCACGCCGCGGCGUUGCGCGGGGCUCCCACUGGAGCUGUGGAGGCUUUGCUGCGAAGCGGCGUGAGCCCUCAUGUGACCACCCCUGACAACAUGACGCCCGCUGACCUGGCACGGCAGCAAGGCCAUGACUCAGUGAUUAAGGGACUACAGUGCCACCACUGUGAACGGAGCAAUGCGCCUCGUGAGCACCUGCAUGAAGAGCUGCUCUCAACAGUCAGUCGUCGGGACGACAUGCAGGCGGUGUCCACCCUCCUGUGUAAGGGUGCGCCCAUAGAACUCCUGGGUGGCCAUUCCAUCCUCAGAUUGGCUGUCACCACUGACCGUAUACACACCGUCAGCCUGCUGCUGGCUAGCGGUGCACUGCUGCCUGCCAGCCUGCUGCAGGAGGCUUGGCAGAGCCCCGACGUGACUCACAGGGUGCUGGCCAGCCUCACCACCGCCUACUGCUGCCGGCUGCGUGCAGAGCAGCGUCGCCUGAAAAAGGUUAGCAGCACCCUUGUCAAGGGCAUCGACAAUCUGGUGAAAACCAUUGAGGGAAAUACUCCCUGGCAGGCAGCCUGGCGAUGGGGAAAGGAGACUGACCGGCCAGCACUGAGCGUCCUCCUGGCAAAGGCCGUGGCUGCCAACUGCCCCGUGACUGCCACCUUCCUGCAUAGGGCAGGAGCGUGGACAGUCUUUAAUGGAGCCUCUGGUGGCAGUGCCCUCCACACUGCCCUGGACGUUGGCCACAAAGGCAUGGCCGAGCUGCUGAUCAGGGACCUUGGGGGCUGCCCAUAUGUGCCAGACACACAUGGUCGCCUUCCAUUACACAUGAUGCCUGACGAGGAGCAACAGAAGCUGGAGCAGAUGCUCUUUACGGAGGAGCGUAGAAAACUGGAGAAUAUGGAGCUUCAUUUGAAGGCAGAUCAUGAGAAGACCGCAGCACGGAUAGCACUUUGUAUACAGGAGGAUCUUUUUGAGAGCUACAAGAAGGGCAUGGGUAAGAAUGUCUCCUCACCUGAUGGCCGCACCGCCCUGCUGCUGGCUUCACGCAAAGGUCUUCUGCAGCUGACUUACCUUAUACUGCAAGAGGGUCACUUCCCCGUGGACGAGGUGCUGGAUGACACCUGCGGUAUCACCGCCCUUCACCAGGCGGCCUCACAUGGCCAGGAUGGCUGCGUGGCACUGCUGCUGAGCAACGGCGCCAACAGACAGCAGGAGGACAAUUAUAGCCAGACGCCCUGCCACCUGGCUGCCAUGUUUGGCCACAAAAGUACUUUUGAACUCCUGGCACACCAAGAGACACAGGACCCUCCUUGCCGCGCAGGCACCACGGCCACACAAGUGAGAGAAAAUUUUAAAGUGUUUCACAGUAUGUAUUAUAAAUAUAAGCGUAACCUAUUAGAUACAGUCGACCGUCAUAGCCCAGAAAGCAUCAUAAGAAAUCUUGUGAAAUCCUUAGGCCUGCAAAAGCUGCAGAAGGAGGCUCAGCAGGUGGCUGUGGAUCUGUCAAAGGGCGAGGCCCUUGAGUUAAAGGAGGCGGUCAUGGCAGAAAUAAGCAUCAUCAUGAAUAAGGUGUCAUCCGCUGACCCCACCUACUGUGGUGACCUGAGGCUGGCAGGCAGUUCUCGGGAUGGCUCUAAGCUUUACGCCCCUGAUGAAUUUGACAUAAACCUCGUGAUUCACAAGGAUGACAUAGGAAUAACUGUUAGUAAGAGAGGGAAGGAGGAAGCCCCUCUGAAGGGCAGGUUACAGAUUUCUGUAAAGACUGACAAUCCCCACCUUGAGGGUAAUAGAUUUAUGGCCAGUUUGUACAAGGAGGUGCACCGGUGCCUCGUUAGCCAUACCCUGCAGGACAAAAGACUGAGCCUGGUGCCGCCAGGCCUGACCAGCACGCAAGUGGGUGUGGGACUCUCUCUGGCCUGGCAGGGGCAAGAGUAUCCACUGCUGUUGGUCGGCGUGGACCUAGUGCCAGUGCUUGAGGUGCCAUGGCUAGAACAAGUUUCCAGACCCUUCCUCACUCCUAAAGACACCACCACCAUGCAGCUCAGUAAUGCUGCAGAUGGAACAUGGCGCUGCAGCUUUGCCUUGACAGAAGCUAAGGUGCUGGGGACGUUGACACCAGCAGAGCGCCAGGUACAGCUGAUGGGAAAAGUACUUCUUUCCCGCCUCAAGCCCAAGUGCUGGAUGCCGCGGCACAAAAAGAGCUUUUUCAAAUGGUUUGCCACACGUGAGUGGAACAUCGCGGUGCCAAGUGGGUUCUGCUUCAAGAACGCCCUCCUGCGGUGGCUGGAGCAUAGGCGGUGGAGUAAGGUAGAGCUUGGGGCUGGACAGGAGCAGAACCACACCAAGGAGUUGGAGGUUGGACAGGAGGGGGACCAUGCCAAGGAGUUGGGGGCUGGACAGGAGGGGGACCAUGCCAAGGAGUUGGGGGCUGGACAGGAGGGGGACCAUGCCAAGGAGUUGGGAGCUGGACAGGAAGGGGACCAUGCCAAGGAGUUGGGGGCUGGACAGGAGGGGGACUAUGCCAAGGAGUUGGGAGCUGGACAGGAGGGGGACCAUGCUAAGGAGUUGGGGGCUGGACAGAAGGGGGACCAUGCCAAGGAGUUGGGGGCUGGACAGAAGGGGAAUCAUGCCAAGAAGUUGGGGACUGGACAGAAGGUGGACCAUGCCAAGAAGUUGGGGGCUGGGCAAGAGGAGGACCAUACAAAGGAGUUAGGUGUUGGACAGAAGAGGAAUCAAAGCAGGGAGUUGGGGUUGGGGAGGGAGGGGGACCCUGCCAGAUGGCUGGUGGAGGUAUUCAGAUUGAUGUGUGCGAACCCAGAGGAGUCACGAGAGCACCUGGCAGUUCAAAACAGCUCCGCCUACUUUGGAGGAGACUGUGAGGGGCGGAAGCCUGGGGACGGGGCGCCCGUCAUCGUACAGUGUCUGGAGGAGGGUUUGGAAAAGUUGUGCUCUGGUUCAGCCUCAGCCAAAACAACCAGGCCGUGGCGACGAAAGUAUUAG